AUGGCGCCCCAAAACGGCAAGCCUCACAACGGCAACAACUCGAAGCCUCGUCGACCUGGAGAGAGCAAGCUUGCUCAAUCCUCCAAGCCUCUCCCGGCUAUCCCACUGCCUUAUGUGAAGCGUCAGGCAGCUCGGGCUAAUGCUGCCUCUGCCGCGACUCAGAAACCUGAUGCGCCUUCACCCUCCGAAUUGAAGCUCACAAAUGGCAAUGCACCUGUUGAGGUCAAAAAGGCUGGGCCUGUAGCUUCAGCUGCAGAACCUAGCUCGGUGUCUAGCCCUGUUUCGACUUCAGCUUCCAAAGCUUCCAAAGACACCAAGGUUGAUAGUGCCCCAAAGUCAAAGAACGAUACUUCCAACCUUGUCACUUCGCACAAUGUUUCUGUCGCAUCUGUCUCCGAGCAUCCCACCACCCAGAACGAAAACACCCACAAAAAUCCUGCGGUCUCAGACCGUGCCGAUCAGCCCACCAUCAACCAGAUUGAUAUUGGACCAAUCGACAACACCACUGACAAAAUGGAGCCAAACGGUGCCGCGAGCAAGGCUGAAACCAAACCUCAAGAUGGUGAAGCGCCUCAAAAUUCUCAAGACCAUCUCGACGCUCAAAGCCCCACUACAGACAACCAAAACCUUCCCAAGAUGAAAUCCCGACCUCCCCCAGGUGUCCCUCAUGGCCGAUACCAGAUGCCUCCUGCUUUCCAACCUUCUGGCCGUCCUGUUGGACCAACUGCGAACGGUGAUAUGCGUGGCCCUCGACCUCUGUUGCCUAAUGGCCCGCCUCUUCACCAGUCCCAUCAUAGCAACGGUAGCGUCCACUUCGGCGCGUUCCAUGGCUCGACAAGCUCAUCUCCAGCUCCUUUGUCAGGAGGUAUCGCCCCUCCUCCUGGUAUGCUGGCACACAAUGGUCAACUUCCCUACAUGCCUCCCGGUACCAACGGUUUCUCUCACAUGAUGCCCUACAGACCGGAACAUGUUACUGUCACGACUACCGAUAACUUCGGUAGACCCACGAUGGCUUAUGCACCGUUGGAACCAUUCCCCCCACACAGCUAUCAUGAUUCACAGACAUCCGGCCUUCCAGACGAUUUCGGCGGUUACAACCAUUUCGCUUCACCAGUGCCAAACGGCGUUUCUGGCCCAGGGGAAGACAGCCAGUCGCCAAACUAUGCAGGCAGAAUGUUUGGAGGUCAUGACUACCCACAGAUGAUGCCGAAUACCGGUCCUCCCCCACCCAUGAUGCCUGAGAUGGAUGACGCCGAGGGUCUCAUUGAUCAUUUCCAGCGACAGUUUUCAAUGCCCGAGUUCGCCGAUUGUUCCUUGGAGCUUCAAUUCAAGAAAAGAAGAAUUCAACCAUUCCGUAUUCCUGGUCACCGGAUUGUCUUGUCACGCAGCCCUGAGCUCGCAGGCGCAAUGUUACAGGGUCUUUCGCAGCCCAGCAGUGGUACACAGCUCCCCAUUCUUCUUGUUGAAACAGAGAGUAAAUGGAUUCAACCUGAUCCGUUCUACCAUGCUGUCCAGCGCCUUUAUGGACUGCCUCUGCUCAACCCAGCUUCUGUCAACAUGAACCAGGGCACCACAGUCGAUGCCGGGUUACUGACGGAACGUUUUGAUUUUGCUCUUGGGUAUGCUGCCUCUGGCCACUUCCUCCGCUAUGAUGCAGUCACUCGACAUGGCUGUCGGCUGGCCAUGGAGCUGUUGGAUAUGCAGACGGUGGAAAAGGCCCUGGAGUUCGCACUAGAGGGACAUCGAGAUGAGGGUACCCAUGACGUGUUCAACUAUGGUGUCGGAUCUCGAGUAAUUCUUGGGGGGAUUGUGUCUUUCAUCGUCAACAACAUCCACCACACCUUCAAACUCGACACUUCAGUUACUGACCCGUUGCACUACGCUCGUCUCCCAGCCCAAGCCACCCUGGCUAGCAACACAAACCGGAAGCUCUCACCCCCACCCAUCGCCAGAGGAACUUCAGUCCACUUGAAGGGGCGUCGCUCUCAGCAAAUUUCCGGUAUCCAGUUUGGUGACCUUUCCUCCACGGAAAGCGUCAUGUCACCAGGUUCGGACGCCUCGGGCUCAUCUCAGCCACAGCGAACCUCGCUCCAUGCUAUCCUUUCUCGCAUUCUUCUCAACCUUCCUUUCGAAACACUCAAGUUGUUACUGGAAAGCGUGAACAGAAAUAGGAAUGCCUGGCCCAACGCAGAAGCUGUGUUCCGCGCGGUCAAGGAUACAGUGACCGAGAGAGAGCGACGUCGACUUCAGAUUGUGGAGAUGGUUAAGAAUCGUGAGAUCCCGCAAUGGGAAGUCGUUUCCAACCAUCUUUCUAGCCCAGAGCCACGCAACUACAUUGGUCCUUGGGGUGCUUUGGGCUGGCAGGAAGAGGUGGUUGCUUUUGCAUCACAGAGCCCAGCUCUUAGCCGAACUUGGACUCCUCUGGCAAACCCCCAGGUGGCGACUCAAGCAGCGUAUCCUUGA